AUGGCUGCCUUGAGGUCCUUCAAGAUAAUCUAUGGUCUACUUCAGCUGCUGCUGCUCCUCCUUCUGCAAGAUCUGGUCGAAUCAUCCCAGCCUCAGAUUCAUGGCCCCCAAGGCAGAAUUACGGCAGGAUCUUGGGCCUCUUUUCAAUGCUCUGCAAGUGAAUCUUCCAAAGAUAUCCAUGUCAAUUGGAUGAAGAAUGGGGAAAGGAUACCGUCUAACCAGACCAAAAUCUCGCCUACUGAAUUUAAGGGGGAAGGGACGUACCGUGUGACAAGCAGUAUGGAAAUCCUGCUUGGACAAGGAGAUGUGAAGUCACAGCUGAGCUGCCAGAUGCAUCACAACUCAACUCAGAAGUUUUCGGAGAAAUUCCGACUUGGUGAUGUCUUAAGAGUUCCUCCCAAAAUGCGUCUUGCAACCAUUCCACCUUCCCCCAUCCAGCUGAACGCCAGAGUGAUGGUCGCUUGCCACGCAGAAAGCUUUUAUCCAAAUGAUGCCAAAGUGGAGUUGUUUGCCAAGAAUGCCUCAAGUAGAACAGGAACGGUUUCCUCGAGAAUUUCAAAUCGUGAUGGGACCUUUUCCAUCAAGAUCUACCUGGAGGUGUUGGCCACCAAAGGCAGGAACUCCUCCCUGAUCCAUUGCCAGGUCCAGCGAGAUUCCCAGCCUCUGCUCAUUGAAACCACCAGCCUCUUCAUUACGAGGCCACUUAAAAUAUCAGAAAACUCCCAGGAACAAUCCAUCAUUUUUCUCUGCAUCGCGCUUUUCCUGAGCCGAGUAGCCAUCCUUCUUUUCAUCUCUUGCCUUUUCCUAACCAAAGUGUUUGGACGCAAGAGGACAAAAUCUCGUUCAAUUACAUCCCAGGAAGUGAGACAGUCUGGAACUUCAAGUUAGGGACUCCUGUUCCGCACAGAUUUUCAGGAUGAGAAAGGAUCCGAUUAGGGAAUCAAUAAUAAUAUUAUUAAAAUGCUUGUAUCAUGAGUGCUUUGCUCUCCCAAAUGUAUAAAGUUAUAUAAGGCUGUGAAAUCAAUACGGAGAUUAAAAAUAAAAAUAACCUUUCUUUGUUU